AUGUCCAACCCAGAGAACCCCCCUCCCCCAAACACAGACGAAAAGCCCGAAACCAUCCACCGGGAGUACACACUGGGCCAAGAUGGUGUCAAAUCGCCCCAGCACCGGGGUGACUACUCCGGUGCGCGGAAGAAAACAGACCCCGUGGAGAUUCGCCUGGUCCGUAAACUGGAUACUUGGAUCAUGCCCACGUUGUGGCUGAUGUACUGGCUCAACUACCUUGACCGCAAUGCGAUCGCUUUGGCGCGGUUGAAUGACCUCGAGGAGGAUCUGGACUUGUCGUCGUCUGAGUAUCAGACUUGUGUUUCUAUCUUGUUUGUGGGGUAUCUUUUGGGGCAGAUUCCUAGUAAUAUGUUAAUCACGAGGGUGAGGCCAUCGUGGUAUAUGUCUGGGUGUAUGGCGCUGUGGGCGGUUGUUAGCGCUAUUACGGCUGUUGCGAAAGACUUCAAGGGACUGCUGCUGGUCAGGUUCUUUCUUGGUGUUACUGGAGCUCUUUACAUGCUGUCGAUCUUCUAUACACGCAAAGAAAUCGCAACUCGCAUCUCGAUUCUGUACACUGGCAACAUCCUCGCAACCGCCUUCGCCGGCCUCAUCGCAGCAGGCAUCUUCCACGGCAUGGAUGACCUGGCCGGGCUCAGUGGCUGGCAAUGGCUCUUCAUCCUGCAAGGCGCCAUCACCUUCGUCAUUGCCGUCUUAUCAAUCUUCACGCUCCCCGACGAUCCGCUCGUCACGCGCUGGCUCACCGAAGAAGAAAGAACACUCGCCCACGCCCGCAUCGUAGCAGAUACCGUCGGCGCCCGGCACCAAACCAGCACCUUCAGCGGGCUCAAGGAGGCCGCCCGCGACCCGAAACUGUGGCUCUUCGCCUUCAUGCAGCACAUGCACCUUGCUGCAAAUGGCUUCAAGAACUUCUUUCCCACUGCCGUCGAGACAUUAGGCUUCUCAACAACCAUUACGCUCGUGCUCACCUGCCCCCCGUACUUGAUUGCCGGGCUUAUCUCGGUGUUCUGGUCGUGGAGCUCCGGCAGGCUUAACGAGAGGACUUGGCAUAUUACCGUCGCUAAGGCGAUUGCCAUCUUCGGGUUCGUCCUGGGUUGUGCGACGCUGAACACCGGGGCGAGAUAUUUCGCCAUGGUGGUCUUCGCUAUUGGCACUUAUGCGGUGAAUAGUAUCGUGCUGGGUUGGGUGAGUAGUACCUGUGGACAGACGAAGGAGAAGAAGGCUUCGUCGUUGGCGAUUGUGAAUACGAUUGCGAAUGCUUCGUUUGUGUGGACUCCGGUAUACGAUGGCGAUGUCCUCGAGUGCUGCGUUCUCGCUGGCUUGUGCGGCCAGUGCCUGGGUGAUGAAGAUAUGGCUUAUGCGGGCGAAUAG